GACAAGAUUCCUGUGUAUUACUCCGACCAGCGGGAUCCUAAGCACGAACAGAAGCUCGUACAGCAGACCACGGAAGGGAAUUUUGACAGCUGGGAACCUACGAUCGAUAUGGUCGCCUCCAAUACUUAUGAAGACUGCCCAGUAAUGCCUAUCAUAACCAAGCUCCCCAAUGGCCAGUCUUUCAUGGUGUUCGAGUACGCCAGAAUGUCAACCAAAGAUCGGGCCAGUACACAUACCCGAUCUACUAAAAUCUUUCCCUCGACCAGGAGAAUGCGAACAAGGAGCCAUGGCACAAGCUCGUGGCCGGUGUCGGCACUCAACCGAACGGCGGUCCUCAUGCAAUCUGGACACCUCUGGAUGGCCCUAACGCUACUAUAGUAGUGUUUGAUUUAGACAAAAACCCGAUCUGGGUCAAUCAAGCACUUGGCGAGGGCAUCUGGAAAGAAGUGCAGACCCCACAUGGUUGAGCUUACUCUAGGGAAGUCCGGAUCCGGAAGUUUCUCCUACAGAUUUGGAACCACUCUCCAAAUAGGUUGCUAAAUCUUCCAAAGCCGUCAAUGACGGUAAAAAUAUACGGAUUGCAGGCGGUGCAGAGUACGAAGCACCGCCACCGGGCAAAGGGCAAGUUUCCGUCAUGGACUUGAAGAAGGCACUUGGGGUAUAGGGCAA